AUGUCGACUGAUGAUUUGCCUGGCCUUGUACUUGGCCUCAAGCUGGAAACGGAGUUCGCUCAUGAUGGGUCUACUAUCCACACAAUACCACAAGGCGAGACGCCCGAGUCUUUGGUAGAGCGCUGGGUUCCUGAUGAGACCCCAAUAUUAGGCCAAAAGGGUGGUUCAAGCAGUGUGCGGCUCGAGCGAUGCGGCAGUGACGGAAACCAAAAAAGAGUCGUAAAGGAGAUUGGAAAAUUCUUUGAUGGCCAGGUUAGCAUCGACUACGCCCGAGAACUUGAUGCUCUUAGGCUUGUCUCCAGCUCAAAGUCUUCAGACCUUUUUGUGAAAGUCUUUGGGUGGUUCGAAAAUCAAGACUCUGUCUUUAUCUCCAUGGAAUAUCUCGAACUUGGUGACCUCAGUCGUUACUUGUCUACUCCUUUUCCUAUCAAUCAAACGCAUCAGAUCAUCUCGCAACUGCUGCAAGCUCUUGAAUUCCUACACAGCCACAUGCUUACUCACGAGGACUUGUCUCCAUCAAACAUUUUGAUAGCAGCCCAGCACCCAGAAUGGAUUGUGAAAAUUGCGGGGUUCGGAACUGGGAAAUACCGUAAUUGGGACUACGAUACGGUAGUGACUCUUCCCAUGAAAAUGGUUGAAUACAUCUCACCCGAGAAGCUUGGAAUAAGACCACUCGACUCUGACUUGGCAUCUUCGGCUGACAUGUGGUCACUUGGAGUAUUGAUGUUUAAACUGCUAACAAACGGCACCCCAUUCAAGAGUGUGUAUCACUUGAUUGAGUAUAAUUCUGGAAGUAUCCCUCUACCAGGAACGGAAAGGCUUCGCAAAAUUACAUCCCAGGCAUUCUAG